AUGGCUGCGAGGUCUAGGCUCGCCCCCUCACCCCCUGAGGACGGACUUUUGGUAGUGAAAGUGGAGGAUGACCCUCCCAGAGGUGGGGAACCCUAUCCACCCGAGGACCAUCAGGAUCCAGAAACUUUGCGACAGCAGUUUCGGCAGUUUCGUUACCAGGAGGUGGCGGGACCCGUGGAGGCGCUGAGCCGCCUCGGGGAACUUUGUCGCCGGUGGCUGCGGCCUGAGAUGCGCACCAAGGAGCAGAUCCUGGAGCUGCUGGUGCUGGAGCAGUUCCUGACCAUCCUGCCCGAGGACACCCAGGCCUGGGUGCGGGAGCGAGCCCCGGAAACUUGGGAGGAGGCCGCGGCCGUGGUGCAGGCUUUUCAGAGAGCGCUGGAUGAGAACGUCCCACAGGAGCUAGUAACAAUUGAAGAUGUGGCUGUGUCUUUAACCUUGGAGGACUGGGAGCGUGUGGACCCAGCUCAGAGAGACUUCCCCAGGGAGAGUGUGCAGAAAGAUUGUGGGCACACAAUCUUGCCGAGUUUGGAAAGCAGAACUGAGAACAAAGAGUUGAUUCCAAAGAAAGAGAUUUUGGAAGAAUCAGAGCCAGAGGGACAGGAAAUGUCUCCGGAAAAGUCUCCCAUGUUUUUCGAGUGUAGUGAUAUGCACAAGGAUCAGGAAGAAGAACAAUCCAGAAACCCCUCUGUAUUGAAAGUAGAGAAUUUUCCUGAAGAACAAGGAUUCACUGGCUUCUCAGUUCUCAAGAAGAAUGAUUCCACUGAAGAGGAAGAUUCUAAAAAUAGUGACUUUGAGGAUAGUGCCAAAGGGUCAGACUUUGUUUAUCACCAGCAUGUUCAGGUAGCAGACAGGCCCAUGAACAGUGAUGAACAUGGGGAUAAUGGGGAUCAGAGCUUAGAUAUGGCACAGUGUCAAGUGCUGAUACCUCACGACUACAGUGACAGUGAGGAAGAUUCCCACAGCUCUGGGCUUUUGGGAACCCAGAGCCAACCCGAUCAAGAAAGACCUUAUAAGUGUGGUGAUUGUGAGAAGAGCUUCAAACAGCAUUCUGACCUCUUUAAACACCAGCGAAUACACACUGGUGAGAAACCUUACGAAUGCCAAGAAUGUGGGAAAAGCUUCAGUCAGAGUGCUGCUCUGGUUAAACACGAGAGGACUCAUACAGGGGAAAAGCCCUAUACGUGUCCCAAAUGUGGAGAAAGCUUCAGACAAAGCUCACACCUAAGUCGGCAUCAGAGGAUUCACAUAGUUGAGAAAUACUGUACAUGUAAAGAAUGUGGAGAAACCUGCCAUAUCUCCAACCUUGUAAGACAUCAGCGAACACAUAAAGGUGAGAGACCCUUUAAAUGUGAAGUAUGUGAGAAGAGCUUCAAGCAGCGCUCCGACCUCUGUAAACAUCAGAGGAUCCACACAGGAGAGAAACCUUAUGGAUGUUCCGUCUGUGGGAAAAGCUUCAGCCAGAGCACGACCCUCGUCAAACACCAGAGAACUCACACUGGAGAGAAACCUUAUAAAUGCCCUGAAUGUAAGAAAAGCUUCAGACAGAGUUCACACCUUAUCCGCCAUCAUAGAAUUCAUAAAGCCCCACCAGUUUGA